CAAAGUGUUAAUCAACAGCCGCUUUUUUUUGUCACCCAAAAGCUCAUACUAGUGUAUGAAUGUGGGAUGACUUGAAAGCUAAAUUAUUGCAGCGAGACAGUGGUUCUGAAGACUAAGCUCCUCUUUCCUGUGAGUGAGGGACAACAGGAAAUGAGGUGAAGAACAUAUGUAGGUGGUCCACACAGUGAUCACAAUAGAAAAGAUUUCACAUGAAUUUGGAUAGAAGGUGUUUGAAUAUCUACCUGCAUGGGCUCUAUGGAUGAAGGCAAUGUGCGCACUCAACAGAACAAUGUCAUAUGUGAAUACAAGCAACAAUCACACAGAAACCUCCCUCAUCAGCAACAUAACAAGACCUUCACAUAUAAAUUAUCUUGAUAAUACAUUCUCAACAGAUCCUGUAGUAGAUGGUGUCAGUUUUAAUGGGAUGUUCUACAUUUUAAUCGGUAUUUCUGGGUUUACUGUUACCAUUGUCCUUUUACUGGCCAUUCUGUGGACAAUGAAGUAUCGCACUUUGAUUCACACCAUUCGAGAGCUGCAGGGUGUUGAGGGUCUAUUGGGCAGAGCUCCUCCAUCCAACCCCCCAGCUAUAAGUCCCCUAACCUUGAGGACAUAUCUAGUGCGUGAGACUAGAAGUCCACUAGAGCUUGUCUCUGUCACUCUGGGACAGGAGUAUCAGAACACUAGCUCGCCCACUCCCCUGCUCAGGCAAACAACCAAGUCAGCUUCUAGGUCUCUCUGGAGACCACAGCAAACGGGUUCCUGCUUCAACACAUCAGGGCUGGGCAUACAGCAACUCAUCAAAGCAGGGAGGGAAGGGGUGUACUACAAGGCUAAGAUGACGCGUGGCACCUGCAAGGGCCACUCCAUUGUCACCUGCAAGAUGACCAAAGAGGGGGUUACCCACAGGAGGGUAGCCAGAGAGGUGAACAUCAUGAAGAAGCUGGGUACCCACAAGAACGUGCUGCAGCUGCUAGACUGGAACAUCACACAGGCUCCUUACAUGUUGAUCCUGGAGUCGGUGAGCAGUGGGACCCUGCGCAGUUUCCUGCAAGUGAAUCAACACCAACUGAGCAGGGACAGUGAACUGCAAAAGCACUUCACCACAGCAGCAUAUCACAUUGCCCAUGCAAUGAGACACCUGCGCUCUAAAAUGGUGGUGCACUGUGACCUAGCACUGAGGAACAUCAUGGUUAACCAUUUCCCCAGAGAGGUGAAGCUGGCAGAGUUUGGACUGGCCCAAGACCUGACUCUUAUGAGGAGCCGUCGCAGCAGCCACAAAGGAGACCACAUGCAAAAAGUGCCCCUGCGUUGGUAUCCCCCAGAGUACUUCAGAAACAACUACUAUAGCUUCAAAGGGGAUGUCUGGGCAUUUGGCAUUGUGCUGUGGGAGAUGCAAACAUUUGGGACCUUACCAUAUCCCAACCUGGAGACUUCAGAGUUGGUGGUGCGCUACAUCUGCUCUGGACACAGGAACUCAGAACCAGAGACAUGUAGACCAGAGAUACUGCAGAUGAUGAGGGACUGCUGGCUGGAGCCCUACACCCAAAGGCCCUCCUUCAACAACAUAGUCAGUGUCCUGGAGAACAUCCUGGAGGAUGAUGCAGAUUACAUCAAAGUGAACAAUGGACUAGCCAAUGUUCGAUAUGGCGGCCAAGAUCAAAUCUGCCUUACUCUCCUUCAUGACGACUGAAUAUGUGCAGAGAGGAAGAGUUGGUGCCAUGCAGGGCUACGGGCCAGAAGGUUGAGGAUUCGCUGACAACCACAGAAGAGCUCACUCUCCCUGCCUGUUUCGUUACUUCAAGAUCAAAGCCGGUUGCAGACAAUGAUCAGCUAGGGGGAAUCAGAUUUUCAAAUUUUCCACCAACAGGUUUAUGUGCCAAUGCACCACACAACCAAUAAACAAAACAUACCGACUUCGGGUCUUCAAUAUCACGGUUUUCAUUUUCAACACAAAAAUAAAUAUACUGUCUCGACAAACAGAAAACUCACACAUCCCUCCCUCCCUUAAGCUUGACAAUCUCUGAAUGUCAUUAAACUUUUUGGUCUCUUUCCGUUUAUCAAAUUGCAGCUGGACAGUUUGGAUUGAUUGAUUGAUUUUAUUUGUCAGUAAAAAAAAUACAUAUACAGUAUAAACAAAUAAUUGUAGAAGUGACUGGGAUUGCACAAUAAAGUCCGGGACUAAUUUCCAUUGUGGUCCCUACAUUUGCUGCAGCGCAUGCUAGUAAUAUAUGGACUAAAUGCAUGUCUAAUUUACACAUCUCCAUCUGGCUUUCGGGGGUCAACCUAUUUUUUUAUUGUAAAGAUGAUGUUUUAUUUAUUUCAGCUGUAUAGUUUUAAAACAGCAUAUCACUUGAAUAUUGUUGCUUUAAAUCAGUGUGCACGGGAGCACUAUGUCAUUGUCUUUCUCUCUCUCCAUCAAUUCCAUUCAAAUUGCAUCCAAAAUAGAUAAUCCUGUUCAAAAAGUAUAUAUAUAUAUAUAUAUAUAUAUAUAUAUAUCCUAGCCUACCUCUUUCAGCUAAUAAUUUCAGCUAAUAAAUUAAAUUCAGUUAAUAGCCUUAUAUUUAGCUAAUGAAUGAUGGUCUAUAAAUAAGCUUCUAAUUUAUAGCCUCUGUCUCUUGCACAAUACACACCAUGUGCUCUGCUGGCCUCUCUCCUUAAAAAAACACUUCUUAGCUCUUGGAGUCCCAAGAAAAGCUAGACUACAAUAGCUUGCUGGAAGAAUGUAUUUUUAGCAUGUCUUAUACUAAUAGACUGUUGGAAGAAGGAUGCAAGCUCUUGUUUGCUGAAUGUCACGCCCUGUUCUGUUUCACCUGUCCUUGUGAUUGUCUCCACCCCCCUCCAGGUGUCGCCCAUCUUCUCCAUUAUCCCCUGUGUAUUUAUUCCUGUGUUCUCUGUUUGUCUGUUCGUUUUGUUUGUGAAGUCAACCAGCGGUUUGUCUCAGCUCCUGCUUUUCCCCCAGUCUCUCUUUUUCCUCACCCUCCUGGUUUUGACCCUUGCCUGUCCUGAUUCUGAGCCCGCCUGCCCCUGACCUUGCCUGCACCUUUGCCCCUACUCUGGAUUACAGAUUUUUGCCUGACCUGAGUCUGCCUGCCAUCCUGUACCUUUGCCCCAAUACUCUGGAUUAUCGACCCCUGCCUGCCUUGACCUGUUGU